UCGCUCGCUAGAUCCAUCGCUGUCUGUCGCUCACCGCCCGCCUCUCCUUGCCUCGUUCCCCCAAGCCCUAGCAAUGGCGAUACGUAAGCUCCUCACUCUCUCUCGCCGCCCCUUCCUCCUCUCUAGCCGAUCCGCCUCCACCUCCGCCGCUGCCGCCCUCGCCUCCCCGGACCCCGCCUCCUCCCCGGCCAAGCCCCCGGUGAUGCUCUACGAUCGCCUCUCCGAGGCCGUCCGAUCCAAGAUCAAGCGCCUCGACGACCCUGACCCCCGGUUCCUCCGCUACGCCUCCCCCCACGCUGCCCUCGUUGACCAUACCCCCAUCCUGGCCGCCCCGGAGACCCGCAUCACCACCCUCCCCAACGGCCUCCGCAUCGCCACCGAGUCCACCCUCGCCUCCCGUACAGCCACCGUCGGCGUGUGGAUCGAUGCCGGGAGCCGAUUCGAGACCGAUGAGACUAACGGGACCGCGCACUUCUUGGAGCACAUGAUCUUCAAGGGCACAGAGUCGCGGACGGUGCGGCAGCUGGAGGAGGAGAUCGAGAACAUGGGGGGUCAUCUGAAUGCUUACACAUCGAGGGAGCAGACCACCUACUACGCCAAGGUGUUGGAUAAUGAUGUGCCCAAGGCGCUGGAGAUCCUUGCGGACAUACUUCAGAACUCUUGCUUUGAUGACAAGCGCAUUGAGAGGGAGCGGGAUGUCAUCCUCAGAGAGAUGGAAGAGGUGGAGGGACAUACCGAGGAAGUUAUUUUUGACCAUUUGCAUGCGACUGCUUUCCAGUAUGCACCGCUUGGCAGAACUAUUCUAGGACCUGCUCAGAACAUUAAGACAAUUACUAAAGAGCAUCUUAAAAACUACAUAGCAACUCAUUAUACAGCCCCCAGAAUGGUCAUCUCAGCUGCUGGUGCUGUUAAGCAUGAUGAUGUAGUUGAGCAGGUCAAAAAGCUGUUCACAAAGCUGUCAAAUGAUCCUACUACAGCAUCCCAGUUGGUUGCAAAGGAACCAGCUAUUUUCACUGGUUCUGAGAUUAGGAUGAUAGAUGAUGAUAUUCCACUUGCGCAAUUUGCGGUUGCAUUUAGUGGAGCGUCUUGGACAGAUCCAGAUUCUAUUGCUUUGAUGGUCAUGCGGUCUAUGCUAGGUUCUUGGAACAAGAAUGCAGGUGGUGGAAAGCACAUGGGUUCAGAGCUGGCUCAGAGGAUUGCUAUCAAUGAGAUUGCUGAGAGCAUGAUGGCCUUUAAUACAAAUUACAAAGAUACUGGCCUCUUUGGUGUUUAUGCAGUUGCCAAGCCAGAUUGCUUGGAUGAUUUGGCCUAUGCAAUUAUGUAUGAGAUAAGCAAGCUGUCCUACAGAGUCUCAGAAGCUGAUGUUACUCGUGCACGAAAUCAGCUCAAAUCUUCCCUUCAACUUCACAUUGAUGGUACCAGCCCUGUUGCUGAGGAUAUCGGCCGUCAGAUACUUACAUACGGCCGUAGAGUACCAGUCACUGAACUUUUUGCGAGGAUCGAUGCAGUUGAUGCAAGCACUGUUAAGCGUGUCGCUAAUCGCUUCAUAUUUGAUCAGGACGUCGCAAUUGCAGCCAUGGGGCCCAUACAGAGCCUUCCAGAUUACAACUGGUUCCGGCGCCGCACCUAUCUGCUCCGCUAUUAAUUUUUUUUCUAGAUCUUCUAAAUGUGUUCUUCCUUGUCCCUUAAUCUUUCUUAUGCUGGUAGCGAUCGUGCUGACUACCAAUGAAAGCUCGAGAUGUUUUAAAAGGUUUUGCUUUUUGCUUUUGUUCCACACAUGUUUCUGUUGGAUCCUUUCAGAUUAAAUAAUGAAAUCUAGAUACAUGAAUUAUUUUUUUGCCAAUA